GAAAACACACUCAGAAAAUUAUAUGAUUAAAUAGCAAUGAAUAAUUGCAUUUUCAUUUUUGAAAUUUUGAUUUAUAUGACAUAAUUCAAUGAGAGUUAUGAGCAUGGACCAAGAAAUGGCAGAUAUUGAAUCACAAACUAACAAGAAGGAGCUUAAAGAUGCAUCUAUCUUUGAAAUAGCUAAUUGUCCUAUUACUUUGCAGUUUGAAGACAUCAUGUACAAGGUUGAAUCAAAGAGACAGCAAUGGUUUAUAAAUAAAAACAGAGAACAAGUAGAAGAAAAAACGAUCUUAAAAGGAAUUACAGGCACAGUUUUACCAAAUGAAAUGCUCGCAAUUUUAGGUCCAUCGGGCAGCGGCAAAACAACGUUGUUGACUGCAUUAGGAGGCAAACUUGGUGGCAAAUUAGACGGAACCAUAACCUACAAUGGAAACAAAUUCUCCAAUUCAAUGAAACGAAACCUCGGAUUCGUUGCUCAAGAUGAUGUUCAUUACCCUCAUUUAACAGUAACAGAAACGUUAGUUUUCACAGCUUUGCUUAGAUUACCCAAUAAUCUGACAGAAAAAGAGAAAGCCAUGCAUGCAGAAAAUGUUAUUACACAACUAGGUUUAACUAGUUGCAAGAAUACUAUAAUAGGAGGGCCAUUCUUACGAGGGGUUUCAGGUGGUGAGCGGAAAAGAGUUAGCAUAGGGCAAGAACUACUUAUAAACCCUAGUUUGCUUUUCUUGGAUGAACCUACUUCGGGCCUUGACUCCACGACAGCUUAUCGGAUUGUUCGUAUGAUGUCGGAGCCACGACGACGAUCAAUUGUGAUGACUAUACAUCAGCCUUCAAGUAAAUUGUUCUAUAUGUUUGAUAAGGUGUUGCUGUUAUCCGAAGGUAACCCUUUGUAUUUCGGAAAGGGAUCGGAAGUUAUCGAUUACUUUGCCGGAAUUGGAUUCCCACCUCCAUUAGUCGCUACAAAUCCUGCUGAUUUCCUCUUGGAUCUAGCAAAUGGGGUAUCAUCAGAUGAUCACAAGGAUGAAGACAUGAUCAAGCAGGCUCUGGUUUCUGCAUAUAAGAGCAACAUCAAAAACGGAUUAAAGUCGGAGGUCGAACGAUCCGACAACCAUAGUCAGGACAGUUCAAAUGAUAAGCAGAAGAAUAGUGAAAGGUGGGCGACGAGCUGGUGGCAACAGUUUUCAGUGUUGACAAGGAGAGGACUAAAAGAAAGGAAGAAUGAAUCAUUUUCUGCUCUCAGAAUAUUCCGAGUUUUGGGUGUAGCAAUCCUGUCAGGUUUAUUAUGGUGGAAAUCUGAUACGUCUCACUUGCAAGAUCAGAUGGGAUUACUAUUCGCUUACUCAGGAUUUUGGGGUUUCAUGCCUCUACUUCAAGCAGUCUUCACAUUUCCGCAAGAGCGAACAAUGCUCGAGAAAGAACGAUCUUCGGGCAUGUAUCGACUCUCAACAUACUUCAUGUCGAUAACAAUUAGCGACCUACCAUUGGAGCUUCUACUUCCCACCAUUUAUGUUCUCAUAACCUAUUGGAUGGCAAGUCUUAAACCCACAGCAACAAACUUCUUUUACACCUUAUCAGUUCUCUUAUUAAACGUCUUAGUCUGUCAAAGCUCAGGUCUUGUCUUGGGCGCAAUUUUAAUGGACCCAAAAUCAGCUUCAAUAUUAGGGCAAAUGAUCAUGCUAAUGUUCCAACUUACAAGUGGAUUUUAUGUUCAACAUGUUCCUUCAUUCAUUGCAUGGAUUAAGUAUCUCUCUGUUAGCCAACAUGCAUACAAGCUUCUGUUGGGGUCUCAAUACAAGGCUAGUGAUACAUAUCCAUGCAAUAGUAAUGAAAAUGGGGUUUGUUUAAUUGGUGAUGAUCAUGCAAUAAAAAUGGUGGGACUCGAUGGGCAAAUUCUCUCUGUAAUUGCUCUUGGGAUCAUGCUUGUGGUUUUUCGGCUCAUUGCUUAUAUUGCUCUUACAAGGAUUGGAGUGGUGAGGAAGUAGAGUGCAUAUAUUGUUCAUAGGUAACAAUCACGUACUAGACAUGGAACUAUAUUGACAUUAUAUCUUUGUAUUUUCAUUUGUAGAGAUUGGGUCUUUUGGUUUUUUUUUUUUUAAUAAUUGGAGAGGGGGAGCGCUUGUGGGAGGAAUCGAACCCACGACCUAACAGUUUGCUGCCAGCGCUUAUACCAUUUUAAUAAAACCGGAUCCUUAUUUGAUAG